GAAAGGGGAAGUGGGAUCAGAUAUCUGUAUAUGUCCUGACGUUCGGCAGCCAUUCUGUUUAUAAGUAUCCCAGGAGUGAAAUUUUAAUUCUAAUUGAAAACGACUAUGAAAUUCCUUCUCAAAACCAGUGUUUUUACCACCAACUUCCCUCAAAGAAUAUAUUGCAGGUUUAUAAGCAAGUAUCAGCGGCUCUUUACACCACAGAACUUUUCAGACUAUGAAGACAUUAAACUAAAAUAUAAACCUGUUGUACCAGAAUACUUCAACUUUGCAAGUGAUAUUGUAGACAAAUGGACUGCAAUUGAAAAGAAUGGCGGCAAAUCUCCUAAUCCAGCUCUUUGGUGGAUAGAUGGUAAAGGAAAAGAAGUCAAGUGGAGUUUUGAGGAACUGGGGUUCCAUUCUCGGAAAGUGGCUAACAUACUGUCUGAUGCUUGCAGCUUGAGACCAGGAGACAGAGUUAUUGUAAUUUUGCCCCGAUUGCCAGAAUGGUGGCUUUUCAAUGUGGCCUGUAUUAGAGCAGGGUUGGUAUUAAUUCCUGGAACAACACAACUGACAGCCAAAGACAUUCUACACCGUCUAAGAACUUCAAAGGCAAAAUGUAUCGUAACUAGUGAAGGUCUUGCACCAGCUGUAGAUUCCGUUUCAGCUCAGUCUCCAUAUUUGAAAGCUAAGAUUAUAAUAUCCGAGGAAGGAAGAGAAGGGUGGCUAAACUAUAAAGACCUAUUCAAGGCUGCUGAUGACCACCACAGCUGUGUGAAGACCAAAAGCACCGAUACCAUGACUAUCUAUUAUACUAGCGGAACAACAGGUUAUCCAAAAAUGACUGAGCAUAGCCACUGCAGCUAUGGUCUUGGUUUGGAGGUAAAUGGAAAAUACUGGCUAGAUUUACUCUCUUCGGACAUAGUUUGGAACACUUCAGACACAGGAUGGGCAAAGUCUGCUUGGAGCAGUGUCUUUUCCCCUUGGAUUCAAGGAUCUUGUGUUUUUGCUCACAGCAUACCCCGCUUUGAUCCCGGUGUUGUGCUACAAACUCUCUCUGCAUUUCCCAUUACAUCGUUUUGCUCAGCUCCAACAGCUUAUCGCAUGCUUGUGCUACAAGAUCUUGAGAGCUACAAAUUCAAGAGUUUAAAACACUGUGUGAGUGCAGGGGAGCCAAUCAACCCGCAAGUAAUGGAGGAAUGGAAAAGGAGGACAGGACUGCAUAUCUAUGAAGGAUAUGGACAGACUGAAACAGUGCUUAUAUGUGGUACAUUCAAAGGAAUGAAAAUCAAACCAGGAUCCAUGGGAAAACCAUGCCCAGCAUAUGACGUUCAGAUUAUUGAUGAUAAUGGCAGCAUUCUGCCCCAUGGAUCAGAAGGAGAUAUUGCCAUCAGAAUAUCACCCAGUCGGCCAUUUUGUCUGUUUUCACAGUACACAGAUGACCCACUGAGAACAGCAUCAACCCAGAGAGGAGACUUUUACCUCACAGGAGACAAAGGCAUUAAGGACGAAGAUGGAUAUUUUUGGUUUGUUGGGAGAUCAGAUGAUGUCAUUUUAUCCUCAGGAUAUCGCAUUGGACCCUUUGAAGUAGAAAGUGCUUUGAUUGAACACCCAGCUGUUGCUGAAUCAGCUGUCGUAAGCAGCCCAGACCCUAUAAGAGGAGAGGUUGUUAAAGCCUUUAUUGUUCUGUCACAUAAUUACAAAGUACAAGACCUAGAGGAACUGACCACAGAGCUACAAGAGUAUGUAAAGAAGGUAACAGCCCCCUACAAAUAUCCAAGAAAGGUGGAGUUUGUUCAACACCUUCCAAAAACUGUCAGUGGGAAAAUUAAAAGAAAUGAGCUGCGAAACAGAGAGUGGGGGAAAUUAGUUUAAGAUGAAGACCUGGAGCUGAAAGAGUGUCUUGAACAUGUUUUAACCGCUUUAUUUUGUUAUUGCUAUAGAUUGCAUGGUGUGACAGAACAGUGUGGCAAAAAAACAACAUAUACAUUCACUGAAUUUUUAUUAUCCUGAUGCCAUUUGCUAGGCUAUAGUGCGAGACCCUGAUUUUUCUUCCCAGAACCCGCUCAGUUAGCUAGCUUGAAGCAUUCCUGCACUUGCAAUGGGAUUCUGUUAAUAAAUCUGAAAAAGCGCUAUUACAAUAGGAGAGAACGCAAGAUUAACAAUGCAAUUAAAACACAAUUGUGGUCGCUGCAGCUUCUUUAGUUAUUUCAGUUUAAACACAUCUUCACGAACCUGAUCAUCUCUGGGGCAUCUAUAAGUAUUAUUAAAAACAAUCCUUGAAUUAUACAUACAUGAUGAAUUCAGCCUAAUUUC